UUUUCUCCACUGUGAGAAAACAGGAAAUGCUGUCCUGAACCUCACAGCUCAGCGGACAGCUCAGUGCGGUUGUUUCACUGCAGCUACUGUUUGUUUGUGUGUGUGUGUGUGUGUAUGUAUAUGUGCGUGAGUGUGAGUGCGUGUGAGUACCUGCUCGCAGUCUGCAGUCUGCAUCAUGUUCUUGCUGGUGGAGAUGGUCGACACUGUCAGGAUCCCUCCGUGGAACUUCCACAGACAACUGAACGAGGCCAUCGCUGAGGAGCUGAACAAGAAACUGGCCAAUAAGGUGGUCUACAAUGUUGGCCUGUGCAUCUGCUUGUACGACAUCACUAAACUGGAGGACUCCUACAUAUUCCCCGGAGACGGAGCCUCACACACCAAAGUUCAUUUCAGGUAUGUUGUUUUUCACCCUUUUCUCGACGAGAUUCUGGUCGGCAAGAUCAAGUACUGCAGCCAAGAGGGAGUUCAUGUGACGAUGGGCUUCUUUGAUGAUAUUCUCAUUCCACCGGAGUCACUUCAGCAGCCUGCCAAAUUCGACGAAGCAGAGCAAGUCUGGGUUUGGGAAUAUGAGACGGACGAAGGGGCACAUGACCUCUAUAUGGACCAAGGAGAGGAGAUCCGUUUUCGGGUAACGGAUGAAGUCUUUGUGGAUACGUCGCCAACGGGCCCGGCCACUGCAGAGCCAGAAACGCCGGCACAACCGGGACAGUCAACAGCACCACCUGCAGAGGACGCCGGGGGGAAGAAGGAGGCGCCAUACACUCUGAUUGGGACCAUAUGUGAGCCUGGACUGGGCCUGCUGUCGUGGUGGAACAAUUAGCACUGCAGUGGAUGAAGAGAAUAUUGGGUGGUUAGAACAGGCAGACCACGAUAACUGAGGGGAGACUGAACCCCUGUUGUGUGGGUACAGUGAAUUGUAGUGAAGACACAAAGUCAAGCUGCUUCCUGAAACAAGGUGCUGUUGGUGUAAAGUGACUGAUGUUACCUCAGUCACAUGACGUACUGUCCUUAACUUACAAGCAUCAGUGUAUAUAAAAUAUACCAUAUAUUUAAUAACAGAAUGAUUGGUAGGCAUUUACGUCCGCCUGAUAUAUUUCACAUGAGAUUUUGACCCCAAUUGAAACGAAAACAACCAUUAAACCAUUACGUGAAUACGUUACAAUGAUAGAAAUACACGGGUCACAAAAUCUGAAUCUGCACUUGUCAGGAUAAAUAAAUGAUAAACCGUAUUUGUGGUAUUGAUGUGUGAACUUUUAUAUAUCCUUGAAUUUUAAGAUUAGAGAGUUUAAAGUGGGGCUGAGUGACUUGUUUUACUAAUACAAGGUGACCUGUGGCUCAUAUUUUUAAUGUGUUUGUUUCAAGGUAACAUUGCAACAAUGUAAAUAAUUUUUUCAAUGGGAGUCAAAUUUGUCAGACUUAGAAGAUCUACUUUAUCUUUGAAAUGUUACCUCCAGCCUCCAGGUGUCUGGGCACUCGUCCUCUGUUACUUUAACAGCCUUGAAAUAUUUUGUAUUUCUGUUCAAUCUCACAGUAAAGGGACGGAUCGACGGUA